AUGCUUCCCAUGGCGAGGCCUGCCAUCUCUGGCGCCCUGUGCUCUGCGCGCCCCCACCUUGCGCUCUCCCUUCCCCGUGCUCAGCCCUUGGCCGCCCUUUCGACUUCAUCGAUCAAAUCCGCGACGGCGCUUGAGCGCCCAACGCCCACCGGCCAAUUGACUGCGUCGGGCAAGGUCCGGACCGAGGUCCCUCUGCCCAGUCAGGAAAAGAAAGAGGGUGCUAUGCAAUAUGUCCUUACCACACUCGAUCAGGUUGCCAACUGGGCUCGUCAGAGCUCUUUGUGGCCCAUGACUUUCGGUCUUGCAUGCUGCGCUGUUGAGAUGAUGCAUCUGUCUACUCCACGUUACGAUCAGGAUCGUCUUGGAAUCAUUUUCCGUGCUUCCCCGCGUCAGUCCGAUGUUAUGAUUGUCGCCGGUACCCUGACCAACAAGAUGGCUCCUGCCCUGCGUCAGGUCUAUGAUCAAAUGCCCGACCCUCGCUGGGUUAUCAGUAUGGGAAGUUGCGCCAAUGGUGGUGGGUACUAUCAUUACAGUUACUCGGUUGUCCGAGGUUGUGACCGGGUUGUACCGGUUGAUGUCUACGUGCCUGGAUGUAUGUUCCUUCCCUCCCCAAUUCGCGAUAUGAUCACUGACCACCCAGGUCCUCCCACUUCCGAGGCAUUGAUGUACGGUAUCUUCCAGCUGCAGAAGAAGAUGCGCCACACUAGAAUCACACGCAUGUGGUACCGUCGUUAA